CUAAUAGUAAGCAUUAUAAUUACAAUUAACAGAUUUUGUGCGGUAUUUUUACCAAUUGCAUACAAAAAGUCAUUCAGGUCAACCAGGACAAAAAUCGUAACCGUUUUUUCAUUUUUAUGUUCUCUCACAUAUUUGACAAUCAUAUUCCAAAUUUAUCCAUGCAAAAUGUAUUAUAACGAAGAGAACAUAAGAUUCGCAUAUACAGAUUUGCCAAUUUGCAUGACUUACUCAAAGUAUGCAGAUAUUGGAAAAUCUAUCUCAUUGAGUAUUUUUAAUGUAAUAGUUGACAUGAUCACAAUUUGGAAAGUGAGAAGAAUACGAAGUCGACAUGGAAAGCAGAAAUUCACCGAAAAAGAAAUCGACUUCUUGAAACAGUCGUUCAGUCAAGCAAUAUAUCUUUUAUUAACUGUUUCUUGUAAUAUAAUUCUCCCCAUGUACGUGACAAGUCCUUUUUUUGCAUUUGUAAUGAGCAUAUUGUGUUGUCCAACAAUUCAUGCAUUGGAUGGAGCCAUCACUUUAUAUUUUAACACUGAAAUUCGAAGUUCCUUAUUAAAACAUCGUUCGAAAACAAGUGCUGCGUCAUAG